UCAUUGCAUCCAUCACAAAGUCCAAUACUCUCUUUCUCUUGUACAAGUCACCAAUCCUUCUCAUCAUCGGUGUUCUUGGCAAAAUGGGGUGCAAAUCAUCAGACAAGCCAAAGCCAAAGCUACGGCACAGGAAAGGCUUGUGGUCACCUGAAGAAGAUCAAAGGCUUGGAAACUAUGUCUUUCAACAUGGCCAUGGAUGUUGGAGCUCUGUCCCCAUUAAUGCUGGCUUGCAGAGGACUGGGAAGAGCUGCAGAUUAAGAUGGAUUAAUUACUUGAGACCAGGACUGAAAAGAGGGGCGUUUUCUACAGACGAAGAAGAGACAAUCCUGACCCUUCAUCGCAUGUUAGGCAACAAGUGGUCUCAAAUUGCACAGCAUUUGCCUGGAAGAACAGACAAUGAGAUAAAGAACCAUUGGCAUUCCUAUUUGAAGAAAAAGUUGUUCAAAGCUGAAGGAAUGGAAUCUCCUAAUAAGACUCAAUCUGCCAGCUCAAACUCAGACAAUAUGGAUCUUUCACCCUCUCCCAAAAGGCUUAAAAUGCAAAGUCCUGAAUCGUCAAUGAAUAUGGAAAAACCAUCAACUGAUAUCGACCGGCCGGUACUUCCACGGAUGUUCGACUCUCUUAAAGAACCCAACAGAAGCUCCUUAUUACCAAAGGUUAUGUUUGCUGAGUGGCUCUCACUUGACAGCUUUGCAAGUUCAGGUGAGCCUGUGGUUUCAAAGAGUACAUUCGAUCAUAAUCCAAGUUUCCAAGACACUAGUUUCAUGCAUCAUUACUUACUGGAAGAAGGAGCAUUUGGUGGCGACUAUCAAAAUUCUCUAAGCGAUGGUUCGAGCGGCGACAUUUUUAGUUCAGAAUUCAAAUUUGAAAGCCAGAGUCCAGGAAAUGAGUUUGAUUUUAGCUCUGGAGAGGAUUUAUGUAGUGAAUUCAACUUCCGUAAUAUUGGUGAUGUGAUGUACAUAUGAGGGCUUAGUUCCCAAAAGCAACUGCAAGGAAGAAUAACUUCUGAUUAUACAAAAAAGAAGAAAAAAGAAGAUGAUUGAUACUCAAAUAAGAAGGCCUGCAGGAAAGGAAUUUGUAGCUAGCUAGGCCCCUUCCAGUUCUUUCCUCAAAACCAGGCGUGUAGAUAAUGUAAUAGGCUUUAGCAAUUGUUGAAUUUGUGGUUAUUCUUCCAUGGAGUUGCUUUUGGAGGCACUUUGAUUGUUUCAAGAAUAAAGAAUAUGUCAAUUUCUUGUC